GAGGUUAGGAAUUUGCAUCUGAUUGCUAUUUUGUCAUCCUAUGAUUUGUCUAUCCCUCUCUGUGCACGCCUUAGGCAUCGAGGGAGGAGGAGGAGGCCAUGCAAUCGCUUGUAAAGGGAAAUUUACUAAUCCAAGCCAGAUAAGGGAGGCGGCAUUAAAAGCGACGCAAUUAAAAAAAGGAAGGAAGAAAAAGAAAGGGGGAGGGAGGAGGCAAGCGAGGAAGAAAAGAAAAAAAAAAGGAGGAAAGAUCUGCCUGGAAGAUCAAGGGGGACAUCGCGCAUGGGAAGCGGAGUAGCCCAGCUGGAUCAGUGACUGGGUUCCGGGGAAGAAAGGAACCAGCGAGAAGGGAAAAUGAGGGUCCUUUCGCCUCCUUCCCUGCAAGGUUUUUCACUGACGCCUAGAUGAAGAAGAAGAGGUGGACAACUCACAGUUUGCAGAUUGCCCCUACGCCCUUCUUGGAUGCAAAGAAACAUAGCAGAACAGGAUUAAGCUUCAGUUCAGGGUGGCGCAAAGCAACGUGGUUGUUGCGUAGAACGUGGGACCUUGAACUUCAGGAUCACGGCUAGUCUUCAAAGCAUCAUGGGGUUUGAGUAGCUUUUUAAAAGAUAUUUGUACAAAUUUCUUUCCUUUUGGCCAAGAACAAUUGACUUGCUGUCCUCCUACUGCUGUGGAAAGGGCCACCUUUUUGAAGUGGUUGAUGGUGCCACGGGCUUCUCCCUGACUUACACAACACCGCAGUCUUGUAACCCCUUUUUAAGGCGGUUGCCCUCCCCAGAACACCUGGGGCAGAGGGCAUCUCCCAGCAUUCCUCACGGCGCUGACCCCGACUGAUCGCUACUCCAUAGCCCCUGCGCCUUCUGUGCAAAACGUAGGCUCCUCCCCUUUGGAGCGGUGCUCCUCUCCUCGGACUUCCUCUGCCAGGACACUGCCCCCUGCAGGCAGAGCCAUGAAGCUGCAGGCUGUCAUGGAGAACCUGCAGCGCCAACAGCGUGCCCGGCUGCAGCAGGAGAUGGAGGCCCGGCAGCAACAGGAUCAGCCACAGGCCAGUCCUCUGCCCCUCCCUGCACCGAAUCAGACCACCAUGUUGCCAGCCCCUGGCGUUGCAGCGUUGGCCCGUGGCCGCAGCCAGGACCCUCCUCUCUCUGAGGAGGGGGGGGAGCCUGACAGCGCCCGGAUCCAGAGGGCACAGAUGGCGGCCCUGGCAGCCAUGCGAGCAGCUGCAGCUGGCCUCAGACAGUCCUCCAGCCCAGUUGGGUCAGAGGAGAGCCAUUCUUCAGAGGAAGAGGAAGAGCUUGUAGGGGAAGAGGAGGAGGAGGAAGAGGAAGAAGAGGAGGAGGAAGAAGAUGGCGAAUACCCUCGAGAAAUGGGCUCGGAAGAAGAGGAGAUGAAGGGCAAGUGGGUUGAAGAUUUUGAAGAAGACCUGGGUGAGGAGGAGGAAGAAUACGAGGAAGAAGAAGAAAUGGUGGAGGAAGGGCUUGGCUCCAGUGCAGUGGCUACAUCAAGCCCUGGCACCCCAUUUCUCCACAAACAACAGAACCCCCAGCAAUACCGAGGAGAAUCUUCGAGGCUGGUAGGGGGACAAGAACGGGGCCCUUCUGGGGUUCCCCAGCAAAGCCUGUCACAGCUGCAGCCCCAAGUCCUGGACCAUGGAGAUUGGACUUACGAAGAACAAUUCAAGCAGUUAUAUGAACUUGAUGGCGAUCCCAAAAGGAAGGAAUUCCUGGAUGACCUCUUCAGUUUUAUGCAGAAACGAGGGACCCCUGUGAACCGAAUCCCUAUCAUGGCCAAGCAGGUGUUGGAUCUUUAUAUGCUCUACGUUCUGGUGACUGAGAAGGGAGGCUUGGUGGAAGUGAUCAACAAGAAGCUGUGGAGGGAGAUCACGAAGGGUCUGAACUUGCCCACCUCUAUCACCAGCGCCGCCUUUACACUGCGCACUCAAUAUAUGAAGUACUUAUAUCCAUACGAGUGCGAGAAAAGAGGGCUGAGCAACCCCAACGAACUCCAAGCAGCCAUUGACAGCAACCGGCGAGAGGGCCGUCGACAAGGAUUCAGCGGUUCAAUCUUUACUUACUCUCCCAGCGGCACUCAUACCAUGCUGUCUUCACCCAAGCUUCAAGUACCAGCUUUGGGACUGACCUCAGCCACCAACGGCAGCCCCAUUGCCCCUGUUCCAAAAAUCAAGAAAGAGGAAGAUUCUGCAAUUCCCAUCGCAAUGCCCACCCGCCUGCCUGUCUCCCUCGCAAGCCACCCUGUUGUCGCAGCGCAGGCUGCAGCUGUGCAAGCAGCAGCUGCCCAAGCUGCUGUAGCUGCUCAGGCUGCUGCGUUGGAACAGCUGCGGGAGAAGCUGGAAUCGGGGGAGCCACCAGAAAAGAAGAUGGCACUCGUGACCGAUGAACAGCAGCGCCUGAUGCAACGGGCAAUCCAGCAAAAUCUGCUCGCCAUGACCGCUCAGCUGCCGAUGAGCAUCCGGAUCAACAGUCAAGGGGCACGCUCACCAGAAAACCGCCAAGACUCUUCCAUGAAUCUGGCUGCCAAUGGCACCAGUAGCAUUAGCAUGUCAGUUGAGAUCAAUGGCAUCGUGUAUGCAGGAGUGCUGUUUGCCCAAACUCCAGGAGCCUCAUCUUCUAACAAUAAAGGAAGCAGCAACAGUGGGCGGAGUUCCAGCAGCAGUGGUGGUGGUGGCGGUGCGACAGGUGGCACGGCAGCAGGCUCACAAGCUGGUGUGCCCCCUGCACCGACUUCUACCUCAACCAACUCCUUAUCGCCUUAAACCCCACCACCUCUUCUUCCUCCUCCAUCCCGCCAAAAUGAAGACACUGUUUGGACAGUAGAUUUGAGACUGGCCCUUCCCUUACCUGUUCCCCCGUGUGCAGUGGGGGAGUGAAAUUGUGCCUUCCCCACCCUCUGAGACCCCCAGGCAUCAGGGCCUGAGUGAUACAUUUGGAUGGGGUUUUCUUGGAUUUUGGUGGUGGAAUCAGUGAUGAGCCUAACAACAGGUGGCACCCAGCCAUGGACAUCAAGGGGUAACAAGAAUAGUGCAGGUGGUCUCUAAAGGUGCAAACUCCCCACUCCCCCCAGGCAGCAAGGAGUUCAGGGAUGGUACUGUCCCAGGUUGGGACAAACAUUAAGAAAACAAAAGUGCAUUUUUUCCCUACCAUAGCUGAAAACCAAACACCAAACCAAAUUUAACACUCACUUUCUGGGGAACUGGAGUACCUGGAGUGAUGGUUCUGUCCUCCUUCCUCUGCUUGUUUGUUUUUUCCUCCCCUUUAAAGCAUCCUUUCCCAUUCGGGAUUCUCUAUUUAGGGCUGUGCUCCCUGGGGUCCUGGGCAUUGCAGUCCCUACAUACCUGGAGGGCACCAGUUUGGGGAAGGCUGCUUCUAGUGAAUACGUUGGAAAGAACAACCACACAAAAGCUAAGUGGGGUGGAGGGGUGUUGUUAAAUUCUGAGCCGGAGCAAUACUGUGCAGACUAGCUUUUUGACGUGAUGCAUUGUAGAUCCAUAACUCCUUACCUCAUGCAAAUCCACACUUUGCACUGUGUGUCCUUUUGAUUUUUAUUUUAUUUUUUAAAUUAUUCUUUGGGAUACCUCCAGACAAGUAGCGGUGGUGGCAGUGGGUGUGCCUCCACUCUCAUAGGCUUGCUUUUAAAUGGAACCCUGAAUAAAAAAUACACAUAUCAAGGAUUUCACAGAUUGAGGAUAAUUUGGGGAAAGCUUUAUUCCUUGCCCUUUUGAAAACUGCUGUCAAACUAUUUAAGGAAAAUGAAAGGGAGGGUGUGAAUACAGUGUUUAUUUUCAAUAGCUCUCUUUCCCCCCCCCCCCGCAUCAGACCCAUAAAGCAAGCUUCAUGUAUUUGCAGUUGUUAGGGAAAGCACCUCUAAAAUAUGUUCCUUCUUUUUAUCUUGCUAUGAACAACUCUUUGGAGCUGUCUUGACUCUUCUUCCUCUCUCCCCCCAGAUCUGGGUUGGGCUUUGAGGGUGCUCAGGUAGUUUUUUGUGUGUGGAGUGGGUGGGGUCUGAGGGGCUACAGUAGCAUUUCAUAGGAUAAUAUUUUUAUACAGAGCUGCCCCACCCCACGUAUGGAUUGUGCGUAUGUGAGAGCGAGGACUAAAAGGAGCAGCCUGCCAGCUGUUUAAUCCUUGGCUCUCUUCUUUUUCUUCACCUUAACCUACAGAAGAUUCUGUCUGUCAUAAGGUAGCAGUGGCUGGUUGCUUCAGAUGUUUCUUAAAAGCAAUUCAAGUCGUAGCAUUUACCUGUGGCAUAAUCUCUGCAAAGCUGCUUUUUUCCAAGCUUCUUUUCAAAGCACCCCUCUUUAGAAAACAGAAGGGAGUGGCAUAGUCACCAGCACUUCUCUCCUCCUGGCGGGAAUUAUAACUAGGGGUGCACUACAGAAUCCCCAAACGUAGUUCUCAGUCAACUGCCAGCUACCAACAUUUAAUCCCCCCCUUUUUUUGAAGAACAUGAUUCACAGGAGUAGAUCUAACUCCCCAGACUACGUUAAGACUGGCUUCCUUGCUAGUAUUCAGAUAUAUUUGGAACAUGGGAAUGAGAAACUUGUUGCGGAUUGUCCUGAUUCUCCAAAACGAGAUUGGGCAGUUUUAGCAAAGCUUGCCUGACUACUAUAUGGGGUUGUGUGUGGUUCUACCAGUCUCCAGUGCUGUUGGGAUGUCUGUGCCACUCUAGAAUCACUCCUGCCCUAUUUAUAAUCUCAUUUACAAGGAAACAGAUGAUCUGUGGGACAAACAUCCUCUAUCAUCUCUAGCAGAGAUCAUGCCAUUUUUGCCCCCCACCCCCCAACUCAAAGCUUAUUGGAAUCUCUGUGGCUCACUCUUCUAGCAUCCUUUUUUUGAGUAGCUAUGUUUGGAUUUGUUUUAGAAUAGCUACACGAGGGGCAUCUGCCUUGAUUUUUUUCCCAUUGCUUUUUGCAGUUACAAAGAAGGUGACAGAAAUAGUCUGUAGGUCCUUCUCUGCAAAGUACAGAAAGGUAGUUUGGAAAUGUCACAUUCGCAGUUUCAAAAACCAUUGUGGUUUUCAGGGCCACCAUUUUCAGCUUCUAACAGAUUUCCUUUGGAGCUGAGCAUUUCCAUUCCAAAAGGCCAGUGAACUCCAGUACUUCAAAAAGAUACUCCUCAUUCUCCCUCAGAAGGGCCCUAUGCUUAUUUUGACAGCUUCCCCCCCCCCACCUUUUAAUUUGCCACUGAGGGAAGUAGACCCUGGUGAGCAAUUUGGUUAAUUCCCUCUUUCCAUUCUCCUAGGGUAUAUGCACUCCAAUUCACUCACUUCAUGCCCUCUGAAAGUAUAAUUUAUUUCAGCCCGUGCAAUUAAAUGACUGCCACUUUCAAAGAAUGGAGCCUCCAAAAGAGAGACGCUAUUUGCGGAUUCGCUGUGUUAUGAGACAGCCUUGAAAACUAGGUAGAGACAUAGUUGGAAAAUGUUGCUUUGACUCCCUCCCAAUGUUAAUCACGUACCUUAGAGUCAACAGUUUUCGCUUUGGCAGGUUUUAAUUUUCUGUGUGGUUAGCCUAAGUGAGCUCUUAAGAAUUUUUAAGGGGUUUGAAGCAGCUGGAUGUUCUCUCUGCCUCUUCGUUGCUGGGAUUUUAAUGCUAUCCCUUAGUUGCAUCGCACAAUAUAUCGGAGUGUGGUAAUCCUUUCCCUUAGGGCUGGUUUUUAAGUGAGAUUCUGAGAUACUGUAAUUGAUUUAGCAGAACAGAAACUAUUUUGAGUUAGUAUGUCAGCAUUGUCAAGCAGGAGGCAUUUUUCGAUCUCACCGAAGAACCUGUUACAGCCAAUUGGGAGUGUUGGAUGACCACUUCCCAUCAUCCCCCAUGAAGAAUACUGGGUGGGGAGUGUUGGGAGAUGGAGUCCCACACUUCUAUAUGGAUGCCAAAUUAGCGAAGACUAACUGAUGGAGAAUUCACAGUUGUGGCUCAAGCAGCUCUUGGGCAUGCUAAGAGUGGGAAAUUCAGUCUAUCUUCAGCUUCCACAAAUUCCAGAAGGAGCACACUUCACAUUUGGGAGCAGAGCAUCCUGGCCACGUUGAGCUGUUUCCCAAAGCUACAGCCCAGGCAUUUCAAUUGAUUUGGGGCUUUUUUGCUGUAGUUCAGCUCUUCAGCAUUGUGACCCCUCCCCUCUAAUGCCAGAUGAAGGUGGAAUCCCUUGGGUUACAGAUGUAUGUCUAGAAACACAGGGAAAAGCAUGUUGCCUUUAAAUGAUGGUGGAGGAGGAUGGUUUUGCUUUUGGGAAGGGACUGAAUGGAGCACCACAAGCUGCCACCCACAGAGAGUUUUUUCAUUCUCAGGAUUGCAGAGGAUAUCUCAUGGGAGAAAAAAAUGGCCUCUUAAGAGAGGGAAAUCCAGAAGAGUGGCUUCUGAGGGGUGUAGAGGAACUGUAAAGUGACUUAACCAUGAAAGGGAGAAGGAAAAAAGUUUCUGGAAAAAGAUCCAGAAUUGCUGGAUCUAACCCUUUUUAAAUGGGAAAAUCUCUCUCCCUCUCUGCCUCUUUUGCUUCCAGAACUAACUCUCCUUUGACACAGGCUGGGAAUGGAAAGGGAGGGAGACAUGCCUGUUGUCAGGCACACUUUCAAAAAUGGCUUCUCUUCUGUAGUUAGAUGCUGACUGGUUGGUAGAGGAAGAGAGAGGUUUCUCUUUCUGCUCCCUGUCAUUGCCAGAGGGUUUGUCUGUGACCUGUGGGCAGCCAUAGGGAGGCGAGCAUGAGGACAAGGCGUCCCUCAUAAUUUCAUCUGUGCUCUGUUGGUUUGAUAACAGGCUGGUAUCAGAUCCCAAUCUGGAAGCACUCCUACCCAUGGAAUGCCCUGCCACUUGGAGAUUCUGCAAAAGCUGGCUCUUAAAAGUUGGAGCCUUUCCCCUCACGCCCUUCACAAUUUUUGAUUUGUGUGUGUUGUGCCAACCAGCAUUCCCCAACGUGAUUCCCUCCAGAUGUGAUAGGACUGCAACUCCCAGAAUGCCAAGGCAACGUGGCCUAAGACCUUACUGCCUAGGAAUUCUGGGAACUGUGGUGCUAUCACUGCUGGAGGAUGUCCCGCUGGGGAAGGCUUGGCAUUCCAGGAUUCCUGUGGGAUCUAGAGACUGUGUAUCCCGUAGUUUUUCUGAUGCACCCUGCCCACACACUUCCCUGGGGAGAACCAGCUGAAAGCAUUUGAGCCUUUUUCUGCAUCUACUGACUGCUUUGGAAUAUGCCUCGUUGGGCUUUAAAAGGCAGAGUGUUCUCAACCUUUAUGGAGAUCUCAGAGGAUUCAGCUAGGCUAAAAUGGAAGCUGAUUUCUAGGUUUUGUAUCUGAGGAGGGCCUUGUAAGUGUGGCAAUGAAGAAAUAUCUACUUCCUCCCAGCAAAACCUUGCAUUGUAAUUGCCAGUAAGUUCAAUCAGUAUCUACAUUCUCUGCCAGAUAGCCAAGAUUUUGUUUUUGUUUCUUUCAUCUGCCGCGUGAGUCUGAAUGUUCCAUUGAAUGUUCCAUUUCAUGGCUUUUUUUUGAAGUAUUUUCACGCUUUCUUAAAACAAUUAUCAGAAUUUGGCCCAAGACUUCCAUCCUUGCAAACCAUGCCCAAGAUAGAGUUUUUGUGCAACAUUAUUCUGCUAUCAUCUUCCUUUCUUAACCAGGUUAUCCCUGGUCUAACCUUAGCUAUAGGUUGGAGACAUGUAAAGUUAUCCCAGGUCUAACAAGAGUAUGCUUGUGUGUUGAAUAUAUUGGCUAUAAAGUGGGUGAAACUGUCAGAUGCAGGCCAGAGUUCAGCCACAUUAGGGUGGGGAGGAACCGCUCCUAUGUUCUUCAUCGUUACGUGAAAUAAGGUGAGUGUAGCGAGAGAGUGUCCGUUUUGUGUCCCUGCUUCCCAGACAUGCCUUUGUUCAAUAAUUGGUUAGAAUGAACUAAAGCAGCCUUUUUGUUGUGACUCAUGAAUCCUUGUCAUCCUGUCUACCACUCCUCUUCCAUCCCCAGAGGGAACUUUUACCUACCUGUUGGAUGGACCAUCUUCCCACAGCAGCAUAGAGAGGUUUUACAGAACAUGCAGUUCCUUCCUCAACAAAGAGGCAAUUAGGGUAGUCAUCUUGUCACAUCUUAGGCCAAGCAUUGUUCCCUCCUCUGUUGGUUGCUUGUCUGGGAGAGACAAAGGCCCUCCCGCCUUCCUCUAGUAAGGUAAUGUAUGCACAAGUGUCUUUCUCAUGCAUCUGUGCUGUUCCAUUGUGGGCGCUGCAAUUAAUUAGCCAUAGUUUCCUAUUUCAUUUGAAUGGGGAAAAGAAUGGUUAUUAGCUUUGGAAUAAGCUAGUAUAUUAACCCAGCUUCAAAUAAUGCUUUAAUAUCCCAGAUUAUUCCAACUUUGAGGAUCAGUUCAAACUACAGGGAAGCUGUAGACAGUUCUUUGCUUGUUUUGCUUUACGUUACAAAGAGAUUGUGAGGCUUGGCAAAAGAUGUGUGUACUUUAGCCAUAAGAAAUGUCGCCAAACCUUCAGUGACAGCUUUCAGGAGCUACCAAGUGCAAGGUAUCACCCUUGUUCCCUCAUUUUGGUAGCUCUUUCUUUGGAAUUCACUGGUCUCAAUCAAAAUAAUUUAAAUCUGCCAGUUUUGCAUGAGAGGCGCUCCCAAUCUGUUUGUCUAUUAAGCGUGUCACUCUGUUAUUCAUUAUUGGUGGGUGGGUCUUGGGAUUGUUCCCCUAAACGUGAAAGAGGGUUCUAGUGUGCGGGUGGGUGGAGAAGAAAGAUUCUAUGACUAAAUUUAUAUAUAAAUAUAUAAAUAUAUAUAUAUAUAUAUAAUGAGUGAGUAUGUUUGUGUCUUUUUUCCCUUUUUUGAGUGUGUAAUUGUGUGUGUGCGUGUCUAAGAAACGUAUAAAAUUUAUUUUUCAGUCCAAGCUUUUGACUAAGGAUUGGAUUUGUAACUCAGGGGAAUUGAACCUGCUGUCUAGAUCUUGAUUGUAUUCGGGGGCGGGUGGGCAGGGGGAAGGGUAUCGGAAUAAGGGCGGGUUAAAAAAAGUUCAGAUUUGCUUGCUGUGGCUGUGACUUAGGUGGUGGUGGGUUUAAAACAUGUUCUGCUUUUGUUUUUAAACUUUCAAAACAACUGAACCCCCAGCAUUGGCUUCAGUGUUUCCAGUUUCUGGAAGGUGAGGAGACCCUAUUUUUAUGCUUAGCUGUUGGACAUUUAAGAAGCUAGCUUGGCAAACUCUUUUUUUUUUUUUUUUUAACAUUAUGGUUAAUUAUAACCAACUAUCAAGGAACAUUCCGGAUUCUUUAAUGAUCUUGGAAAUGUUGCAUUAGCGCCUUGGAGGGAUUAAGCUGGAGGUUGAGAGGAAGAUGGGGACUCAUGGAAAACAUUCUCCAAUUUCUGCUUUAAAUUUCUACUGAAGACAGAGGCCUUCCAAGGCAAGGGUGUAGGGUAGAAGGAAGGGGACUUGGGGUGGAAGUGGUGAUGCAGAUCUCUGUCUCUUUGGGGAAUAUUCUUCCUGCCCUCUCCUUACUUAAUAGCACAUGUUGUACCACGUUUAGCAUUUUAAAUCCACCACCUUUUUUACAGAUCUCAAGCAAUGCUCUCCAACUUGCUCAACCCACAAUCAAGUUUUGUCUUGGGGGGAGUUUAUUGGCCUAUUUUUAUUCUUGCAGAAAAGGGUAAGGGAUGACUUUAGUUAGUAAUAAAAGGGUGUUUUUGUUCUUGCAUUUGUACAAACACUGUGUUGAGGGGAGGUCUUGAUUUUGGGGUGGGGAGAACACAGUAUUCUCCCCCCACUCUCCUUUGCAUAUCAGCUUAAAAACAAGAUAUAAUUUCAGUUUUUCUCUGGGGAUUUUGAAUGGAAAAAAAACCGAAUACAGCAAGGAUAUGCAAUCUGUACAGCGUAUGUAGUUUUUUGACUCAGGUAAUAAGAGAUAAAAAUCGUAAAAGAAACCACAUUCUACCUCUGAAAACAGUAGGCCUUGGGCUGCCUUUUGUCUCCUGGCCUCUGUACUUUGUUUUUGUUUUUGUUUGUUUUUGUUUUU